AUGGACAUAAUUGAAGCACAGCCAGAAUUUAACCAUUUCAGCCACCAACACUCUCUCAAACUGGUUUCUUCUCAGAAUUCAAACACAGAAAAAAUCUCAUGUGCUGCGUGUUUGAAGGAAGCCGAGGGAUGGAGUUACAUCUGCCAAACCUGCAACUACUGUCUCCACAAAGCUUGCUCGAAACUGCCACAGAAACUAUAUCAUGGUUCUGACAGAAAGCAUGCGCUGAUUCUGCUUGCGUCGCCUGCCUAUGAAGAUGGAAAGUUCAUGUGCAACGCGUGUGGCACCUCUGGUGCUGCCUUCUGCUAUCACUGUGAUAAAUGUCAGCUUGACCUACACCCCGUCUGCGCCUUUAUGUAUCCAUCCUUGCUGUCUAAGGCUCAUGACCACGCCCUCCAUCUCUGCUAUGAACCUCCUUACGAGAACAAAGUUUUCAGCUGCGAUAUUUGUGAAAGGCCGGGUUCAGAUCAUUGGCUCUACCGCUGUGGAGAGUGUGAAUUUGAUGUUCAUUUGAAAUGUGCAAAAGACACUCAAGACCAUGCUUCUAUGUAA